CGCUCCGGGAGCCCAGUCCGCGCCGCACGCCUCUGCGCUCCUGCCGCGCGCUCUCCGCCCUCCUCCCGCCCGCUAUGGCUCCCGGCACCGCCCGUCUCGCGCUGCCAGCGCUCCUCGCCCUGAUCGGACUUCUGCCCCCGGGACUUGGGGGUGCCCAAAUAUCAGUGCACCCCCCAGAAGCCACCAUACCCCGAGGAGGCACCGUACAGGUGAACUGUAGUACUUCCUGUGACCAGAACCCCAAGCUGGGCCUGGAGACUCAGCUGACGAAGAAGGAAGUGGCCCAUGGGUCCCACUGGAAGGUCUUUGAAUUGAGUGACGUACAAGAAGACAGCCAUCCCAUAUGCUUUGUCAACUGUGGCAAUCAGUUGAUGGCUUCAAUGUCCCUUACCGUGUACUGGUUCCCGGAGCGAGUGGAGCUGUUACCCCUGCCCCGCUGGCAGCCCGUGGGAGAAAACCUCACCCUGCGCUGCCAGGUGGCAGGCGGGGCGCCCCGGAGAAACCUCACCGUGGUGCUGCUCCGCGGGGAGGAGGAGCUGAGCCGGCAGCCCGCCGUCGGGGAGCCCGCCGAGGUCACGGUCACGGUGCUGGCGGGCAGAGAGGACCACCUCGCCAAUUUCUCCUGCCGCACGGAACUGGACCUGAGGCCCGGAGGGCUGGGAUUGUUCCAGAACAGCUCGGCCCCCAGGCAGCUCCAAACCUUUGUCCUGCCAGAGACCCAGCCACGCCUUGCUACCCCCGCAGUUGUGGAAGUGGACACACAGUGGACUGUGAACUGCACUCUGGAUGGGCUUUUCCCAGCUGCGGAGGCCGAAGUCAUCCUGACGCUAGCAGAAAAGAAACUGGACUCUACAUCCCUGUACAGCAAGGACUCCGUCUUGGCCAUGGCCAGUGUCAAGGCGAACUCACAAAAGGAGGGGAUCCAGCAGCUAGCGUGUGUGGUGACCCUAGGAGAUCGAGACCAGAAGAGGGAGGAGAAUGUGGUCUUCUACAGCUUCCCCGCGCCUAACCUGACUCUAAGUGAGCCAGAAGUCUCAGAAGGGACUCUAGUGACUGUGGAGUGUGAGGCCCAGGCCGGAACCACGGUGUCGCUGGAAGGUGUGUCAUCCGAGUCUCCAGCACACAGGGCAGAAUUCCGACUAAACGCCAGCGCCGCGGACCACAGACGCAGCUUCUCCUGCUCUGCUGCCCUGAUCGUGGCUGGACACCUGUUGCACAAGAACCAGAUCCGGGAACUCCGAGUCCUGUAUGGUCCCCGACUAGACGAGAGGGAUUGUCCGGGAAACUGGACAUGGGAGGAAGGCUCCCAGCAGACCCUGCGGUGCCAAGCUUGGGGGAACCCAGUUCCUGAACUGAAAUGUCACCGGAAGGGGGAUGAUGCUUUGCUGCCCAUCGGGGACCUGAGACCUGUCAAGCGGGAGGUUGCAGGCACUUACCUUUGUGAGGCCCGGAGCCCCCGCGGGGUGACCAGGCGCGAAGUGGUCCUGAACGUGACCUACCACCAGAAUAACAUGGCCAUCAUCAUCGUGGUAGUAGUUGCUGUCUUCUUGGGAACUGUGAGCGGAGCCGCUUACCUCUAUAACCGUCAGCGAAAGAUCCAGAAAUACAAGCUACAGAAGGCCCAGGAGGCAGCUGCCAUGAAGCUGAACACACCGGCCACACCGCCCUGA